AAACAAAAAAAAAAAAAAAAUCGAAUUCCAGGUGACUGGGAAGAAGAAGAAGAAGCUUCUCCUGUAAUCCUCAUCCUUCUCGCGUUUUCAGUAAAAUUUGUGUACUCUCUUCUUCACACGUGUUUAACUUGUUUUUCACCGGCAAUGGAGAGCCAACUCAGCAACUAAGAAUGGAAGCUAACAGAAGACGAAGAGUGGUCCAUCGCAGAAAGCCUCUCUCCGAUAUCACCAACACUUCUCCCCCCGUUCCGCCCGAACCUCGCAAAACUAACCCUUCUUCUUCUUCUACUCCCUCUUCUGCACUCGAUAAUCGUGCCUCUGAAAGCAGCACAGUUGCCGCCGCCGCCGCCACCAAUCUCGAUGACGCCCCAAACCCUACCCCUCCUUCACCGCCCGUUCCCUCCACACCAUCUAUCAGAGCCCCCUCUCUACCGGCCGAUUCAAUCACUCCUCCUUCACUCCAGACUGUUGAUGUUGAAGCUUCUGAUGAUGUUGAGGCUUCUGAGCCUGUUCAGUCUAUUUCAGUAGUGUACAGCCGAAGACGUUCUUCGAAUAAAAGAAAGAAGGAUAAAGGGAAGGCAGUGGCUGUUCCUGUUAGUACCACGCCCAAUUUGAAGAUCUCCGAUAGUCGCGAGAAAAAUGAUGAGUUUGAAGGUUUGAACCUAUCCAAGGCCAAAGCAUUGACUUUUCCUCGUGCAAAGAAACAGCGUACUUCGUCAUCUGAGAAAGAUGCAGUCAAGGAUCACCAGCUUCAAGAUUAUAUAGAAAAACAGAAUGCUUACUUCAAGGAGAUUGAUGAAUUUGAACUGGAGGUUGAAUCUGGUGAUGACUUAGAUUAGGUGGUAGGAGAUGUAAUGUAACUAUAAAUAGCAGCUUGGAGUUUCUUUGUUUUGCUAUGGUGUAUAGUUGAGAUAUCGUGGUUUUCUCAUGAAGUAACUAACUCGCUGGCAUGUCCAUGGCCAAUAUAUAGGUGUAAGUUCCUAAUAAUAUUUUGUAUUAGUCCUGUGGGAGCCAUCAAAGUUAAUUCUGUGCUUAACACACUAUGUCUUAGAACAUUUUUCUGAUUUCUCAUGUAAAUGUAUUAUAAUAUUGUGAUUUUUCUAA